AUGACUAGUAAAAUAAAUGAAAAAGGUAUUAAAAUGUACACAUCUCAUCCAUGGGAAUUAAUAAAAACAUUAUUCCUAGUAUUUACAUGGAUUGUUCUGGGUGCACAUUUGGAAUUAAUUGGUCCAACAAUAAAUGUUCUUUCUAAACAAACUAAUGUUACGUAUAAUGGAAUAAGUACAAUACUAAUAACACGUGGUGCUGGUUACAUGGUUGCAAAUAUCGCUGGAGGAAUAACACAGAAUAUAGUCAAAAAACAUCCUGAAGGUUUAUUAUCAUUUGCAUUUUUAAUUGCAGCUAUAACUAUGUUUGCAACACCUGUCAUUCAUAGUUUACGUCUACUUGCAACAAUAUUUUUCUUUCAAGGAAUCUCUCAAGGAGUAACUGAUCUUGGUGGAACAAAUUUGAUGUUAACAAUGUGGGGUAACAAUGUUGCUGCUCCACUUAAUGUUGUUCAUUUAGGUUAUGGUUUUGGUGCUGUUUUUGCAAAUUUAUUUGUUCAACCAUUUCUUGUUGAAGAUACAAAAUUUGAUAGUUUAUUAAAUAAUAAUUCAACAAAUCUAAUUAAAGAAGAAAAAUCAAACAUUCUAGUUCCAUAUUCGAUAACAUCAAUUCUUUGUUUAAUAAUAGCUAUUGGGCAUUUACUAUUUUCAAUACGAGAACAUAGAAUUCGACGUGAUGCUUUAAAACAUCAUCAAAUAAAUUAUGCAUCUGUAUCAACAUCAGUCGCUAAUGGAAAACAAGAAGUUGAACUUAAAAAUACAUCACAAUAUUCUCCCAGGUCAUGUGGAAAUGGUUAUUUCGGUUAUGGUUUAUCUAUGUCAAUUUGUUGGAUUUUUUAUAUGUUUUUUCUUAGUGGAAAUGAUCAAACAUUUGGAAAAUUUUUUUUUGUCUAUCUGAAAUCAUCUAAUCUUUCUAUUUCAACAAAAGGUGCUACUUGGGGAAUGAUUAUCUAUUGGCUUUCAUAUUCGAUCGGUCGUUUAAUAUGUGCAAUAAUAACAAUAUUUGUUCCAGUUCAUGUAGCUUUAAGUGGUUUAUGGGUUUGUGGAUUAACUUUAGCAAUAACAUGGUAUAUAAAUGUAUCGAUUGGAUUAACAUCUACAAGUCUUUUUGUUCUUGGUGCAUUUACUGGUCUUGUUUUUUCUCCAACAUUUCCAUUAUCAUUUGGAUUUAUAAAUCAACGAUUAAAUGUAAAUCCAUUACUUGUCGGUUUUCUUUUAUGCGGUGCAGCCUUUGGAGCAAUGUUAUUUCAAAAAAUUGCUGGUGUUCUUUUGGAUAGUAAUCCCGAGAAUUUUCCAAAAUUAUUAAUAAUUUGUGUUGUAAUAUCAAUAGUAUUUUUUAUUAUUGCAUCAAUUAUUAGUUCAAUUCAUCAACGAAAAUUAAAAUCUUCUGAAAAUUCUGCAAAGAUAAAAGAUAAUAAAUAUGAUUCAAAUAUAAAUGAAGAAGAACAACAAAUGGAAGCAUAUUUAAAAAAUAAUGGAGAAGAUAAAAAUUAA